AUGGUUCACAACGAGGAGAAGAUUGAACUUGAUAAAAUGGCAAUUAAUAGAAUUAAAAAGGAAUUAGCUAUGAUUAAAAAUGACAAACACAUUAAUAUAGAAGUAGAAAUUUGUAAAGAUGCGGAUGGAUUUGAAGAUAUUGGAAGAUGGAUAGUUACAUUUGUUGGUUCUCCUGAUACGCCAUUUCAGAACUAUAAAUUGAAAGGUGAAAUUAUUUUCCCUAAACGGUAUCCAAUUGAGCCUUUUUCAUUUCGAUUUCUAACUAAAGUAUGGCACCCCAACAUUUAUCCUAAUGGAAAGGUUUGUUUAUCAACUUUAGAGAGUAGUGAUGAUCCGGUAAUUAGUGAUUACUUUAGUAAUUGUUCUUGGACUCCUGUUAAUACAGUGAGAACUGUUUGUGUGUCUAUUAAUCUUUUAUUAAGAGAACCUAAUAUUGAAAGUCCUGCUAAUGUUGAUGCCUCAAUUCAAUAUAGAGAUGAUAUAGAUGCUUUUAAUAAAAAAGCACUUAAAUAUUUAGAAGGUUCUGCUGAAAAGAUAAAUAAAAAUUAA